AUGGAAGGCAUACCGCAAAUGGCUUUACAAACCUUGGAAACACUGACUCAAAAAACCAGAACUUUAUACGUCUUUUCGAAAGUCGCUAUGAGCUAUUUAUAUCAACACACGGAGGAAGAAGACACAACUAUCCCUCAGGAAG